GAACGUAGGACUGCGGCCAGUGCUCUUUGGAGAGGAAACGACUAGAGCAUCCACAGUGAACAAGGGUUUCACUAUCGAUAACCGCACGCAUUGCGACGGUAAGAGUCUGCCGUUUAGUGGCACCAUGAAUUCGCUGUUUCAUCGAUUGAAUGAUCGCCGCAAAUCCCGCAGAAAGUCCAAGGAAGACGAGCCGCAGUCAUCGUCUACUGCGGCACUGUCCUCGAAAGACUUGCAGAGUACGGAAUUGGAACCCACAGCGAGACAAACCCGUCGGGAAACAGCGCGACGGCGGUCUACCAAAGUGUCGGAAUCGUCGAGACGCAGUAUGAACGGCAAUGCGGGCUCUCCGGUUGGUACAUCAACCGUAAGUGUCAAUGAUCGCAGUCCCCGAACGAGGAAUACAGACCCCCCAAGCCCCCGUCGAUCCAAACGGACUCUGCAAGGGGUACAAGAGGAGCAGCAAAAAUCCAUCAAUGCGUUGCUGGGAAACGGAACUAGAAGACACCGUACCUCGUUACCUUCAACGCCCGAAACACAACGCUCGACUCCUGGUUCCGUAGCCGACCGAACACGAUUGACUCCAGCGGAAGCCACCGUGAAACGACUACGAGCGCGACAAAGCAGACCACAUACCGGCAGUGCCAGUACUAGUGCCGUUCCCGAAAAGAAAUCUGUCAAAGACAAGGAGCCGCCGCACGAUCAGCGUUCGGAAAACCUGGAAACCGAAUCCGUCGUUGCGGAUCAGUGCAAUGAAGUGUCUCGACAAGCGGCAGCUUUGGACCAGGAAGGAAACUCUUUUUUUGAAAAGGGCGAAUAUGAUCAAGCAUUUUUGCGGUACGAAAAGGCACUGACUUUGAAGCGUUCGAUCAUGGAAGAUUUCAAACCCCGCCUUGCCGCCACAAAGGCUGCAACUUCCGCACAACACGAAGCCUCCCUCGUCGCCUCUGUCGCUACGUCUAUCAACAACAUGACAUACUUGAAACAACGCGCCGGUCAAGCGUCCGCGGAGGAAUCGCUGGCAUCUUAUCUAAGAGCGCUUCAGAUGAAGCGCGAAAUUCUUGGACCCGAUCAUCUGUCGGUGGGGAAGACGCUCAAUAAUAUUGGUUCCGUCUUUUAUCUGAAACGCGAAUUUGAGCCUGCGCUCAAAGCUUACCAGGAUGCCCAUGUUAUUUUAGCGAAGCAACUCGGAGCCUCUCAUUUGGAUGUGGGGACAAUCAUUUCUAAUAUUGGCGACGUGUAUGCGGCUAUGGGGGAGCGUUCGCUUGCACUGGAAAACUACCAUAAGGCUCUGGACAUCCGAUGGACGACUCUGGGGAAACAAGACCCCAAAGUCGUUCGCCUAAUGCAACAAGUAGCCUCUCUGGAAACAGGCUCACAACCGCAGAAACCGGUGGGGGAUUUAUCGGAUAGUGAAGACGAAGAGUUUGCCAGAGAAGAUAGAGCCCGACACGAGGUCAUUCAGAAAGAGGUCAAAACGUUGAAGAAAGAACUAGCAGAGGAUAUGAAAUUUUUUGAUUUGAUGGAGCGACAAAUGGCAAUUGAUAUGGUGAAGGAUAAAACGAGGAUCUUUCGAGAAAUGCAUGAUCUUGACAAGCAAGGAAAGGAAGUUGGUAAGAAUAGUGAAACAAAAUCCUCUACGGACUUGGAAGACAGCUUCUCGAGCGUUCCAGGCGCUGCAUCGCCUAAUCCAAUGCCAACCAUACCACACUCUCCGGUCAUUGCUGCAGUGAAUGCGCAAAUGGAACGUAGGACGCCGAUGAAGUCGUCACCGCGGCUAGAAACUCCGAAAUCCACGAAAUCGUUGAGUGCGCAAGAACGGAAUGAGGCGCUUAGCAGCGUACGCACGAGACUAGCCAAGCUACGAAACGAUCGUGCCGCAGCCGGGAAAGACCAAAAAGAAUACGAACGAAAGUCGUACCUGGCCUCUCUGCAACAAAAGAAGAAUGAGGCGACGCCACGACGGCAUUACAUGGACGCUACCGCAUCUUCUGCUGCAAAGUCCUCGUACAGUUUGUCUCCGAUACCCAUCGCAGCCUCGCCAAUUGCGCAUUCAGUGCCGGGUCAAACAAAGAUCGAUUGGAAAGAGAGCAUAAGCGCUCGACGAAAACUCUCUUUGACGCCAGAAGUGGCUCCUAUCGAUGUGGAGGUCAAUCGAGCCUGA